AUGCAACCAUGGCCCCCACUUUCCUUAGGAGUAGAUCACUCCUCACCACUCAAAGAAGGCUCCCUGCCCAAGAGCCUCACCGAGCCUCUUCAUUCGAACCAAGGGAAGGAGAAGGCAGCUCGCAGAGGAGGAGGAAGAGCUCUAAGGUCAGACGCUCCAGCUCGACAACAGGACUCGAUCGAGUCCAAACAGAGGAAACUCAACUCGAUCGAGCUGAGGGUCGAGCUGACCUGGAGGAGCCCCUGUUUGAGAACCCCGGAUUUGAGUACGAUCCAACGCCUUACCAGGACUUCUCCCAGACCUACUAGACCCCCUACAACCGUUUCGAGCAGGCGCAGCUCCAGCAAGGCCAAGGAAGCCACACCCACUUUAAAGAUGAAGAAGAAGAAGAGGAGGAGCCGCAAGCUUGACCGAGUGAGGCGACUCCAGUCGAGUGGAGUGCUCCUGAUGGCCGUCUACCAUCUCCUGACCACGACCUAG